AUGGCCUUACAAUAUCUCGCCCCAGAACUUCUCGUCCGCAUUUUCGAAUCACUCUCCUCCGUCCCAGACAUCAUAAGUCUCUCUCUGACCUGUCGCUACUUCUAUGAAAUCCUACCCAAAUCGCAAAAACUGGCACUCUUCUUCAGCACAAUAGACGAAACAGAUGGACCAGUCGAAGAUAUUAUACAACUCUUGACCCAGAACAACAAUCAAAUGCUGCAUCUACGGCGCUCUCCACCUCUAUCUUUUGCCUUGCUCUCGCAAGUCACUGCUGUUGCUCGCGUAGCACAGAGUUAUGUUGAUAUAUUCCCCAAAUUCAAGUGGCUAGAGGCGGAGAGUGUCAACCGACGAGUUUUGGAUCGCCACGAAGCUCGUCGACUGCGACGCGCAGUCUACAGGCUAUGGAGCUACGCCAAAGCAUUUCAUCAAUUUCCUUAUCGCACCGCGCGCACUGAUGCCACAGCCACGACAGAGCGACUUCAGCUUCUGCGUACGUGGUCGAACGACGAACUCUUUGAGCUGGAGGAUUUCCGCAGUUUGCUCGAACAGUUGCUUGCCACCGAAAUCUGUCCCACCGAUGGAGAAGUAUAUUCGCGGGUACCCGAAGACGCGCAGAAAUUCCAUCUUUCACUGCAGUAUCCGUACCUCCGUCCCGUCGCAUCCACUCCGCAAAUUUUCAAUGAUCUUUUCCACAGCUCUCGCGACUCUGAUGGUGAUUUACACAAACCAACCGUCCAGGAACUCCGGAUUAGGCACAUGCAAGGAUGGGGCAGUGAUCUGCAGAACUUCUACUUGAUCCAGUCAUUCUUGAAGUUUUCACCUGCACAGAUCUUGUGGUUGUUCGACAAUGCAGUCAGUCGCGCAGACGUAGAACGAUUCAUCGAACAGCAGACUCACGAUCCAUGCUUCUUCGAGAGUGGGUCUAUGUUUUUCCAAGACUGGGUAACAGUGUUGCAUGCGCGAGGUGUGGAUGUGCAACAAGCGCGCGAAGCAAUCUGGGAAGAGAAGGCUGGAAUCGUGGUUACCAAGGUAUAG